CAUUUUAGCAUAAAAAUAGUUUCUUAAAAUGGUGGGGCUGAAUGAAACUAAAGGCCUGAUAGGCGGUUGAAUAAGGAAAGCUAAGUCUGUGUCUGCCCUGCUCUUGUUUUUCUCUCUUUUUGGGUGCUUCUUUCUUAUAUCUUCCUUUCAACUCUUAUUAAUUGCUUCUCUUUCUUCCCUUUACUAUUCACAAUCAUAGAUUUCUCAGAUUUUUUCCAAUUUUGUUUAAAUCACCAAACCCUUUUGUUUUCCUUACUCAUAACCACUACUACUUGAGAGAGUUGCUUUUCUUCUUUCUUGCUGCUGCAGCUUUAUUUUGGAUUUGGAAGACUCAAUUUUGGUGCAAAUCUGUACCAUAUCAGUAACCAGAAGAGAAAAUGGUGAGAGGAAAAACUCAAAUGAAACGUAUUGAGAAUGCAACAAGUAGGCAGGUGACAUUCUCAAAGCGGCGUAAUGGUUUGCUGAAGAAAGCCUUUGAACUAUCUAUUCUUUGUGAUGCUGAAGUUGCUCUUAUCAUUUUUUCUCCAAGAGGAAAACUUUAUGAGUUUUCUAGCUCCUGCAUGCAGGACACAAUUGAACGCUACCGCAGGAAUACCAGGAGUGCUCAACCAAUUCAAAGAUCAGAUGAACAAAACAUGCAGAAUAUGAAGCAGGAAACAGCAAGUUUGAUGAAGAAGAUUGAACUUCUUGAAGCUUCGAAACGGAAACUCAUGGGAGAAGGUUUGGGGUCAUGCACCAUGGAAGAGCUACAACAGAUAGAACAACAGUUGGAAAAGAGUGUCAGCGUUGUUCGAGCAAGAAAGAAUCAGGUUUACAAGAAUCAAAUUGAGCAACUAAAAGAAAAGGAAAAAGCCCUACUUGCUGAAAAUUCCAGGCUCUCUAAGCAGCCACAACCACAGCCAGAACCAGCAGCAAAGGAUCAUCAGAGAGAAAAUCAACCUUAUGCUGAAAGCAGUCCAAGCUCAGAUGUGGUGACUGAAUUGUUCAUUGGACUACAUAGGUCUAAUUGAAGAUAAUUUAGUUAUAUAGUGUAUGUUUGUUUUUAUAUUUCAUGCAUCUAAAUCAACACUUUCAACUAAGCAACAAAAUUCUUCCUUUAUUGCAUUGGAAUUUGUUGAACUUAAGAACUUACAUACAUAUCCUUUCCAUAAUCCUUUGUGUUUACA